UACAGGUACCCUUAGAAAAUAUAAAGGUGAAAAAGGAGCGGAUAGUUUCCAUUUCGCCCAACGCCAUAGCCAGUAGUGGAAGUGUUACCAGCGAAUGCGUAACCCACGCUACUGUCAAAGCUUGUGAAGAACUCUUGAAGCGACUUGAGCCAGUCAAACAGGCGAUGAAUGAGCCAACUUGGGCGAGUGGUGAAAGCCGCGUUUGA